GACGAUUUUGACCUUCUUGACUUGAUGUCUGAAUUCUGAAAGGCUGCAUUCAGCCUUUGUUCAGCCUGUACGUUGACAUUUCUUAGUUUAGUUGACCUAUUCCGUCAUGAACCUGCCUCCCGAGCUCCUUACAGUGAUUCUGGAAUUGGCCAUAUGCGAUAACUCACAUGGAAGACCCAGUGACAUUCUUCGAGUCAACUCAACGUUCCGCACUAUCGGCGAACAGGUUCUGUAUAAGAACUUGAAAUUCUAUAGCAGUCAUCAAUUACAACUGUUUUCAGAGGGAAAGUCCCCGGUGAAACGGAACCCACGCACAUUAUUGGUCCAGCUGUCUGGAGGUUCGACCGAUUUCGACGUCUUCAUACACCUCGCCGGCGUGCUACGACGUUGUGGUGCAAGGCUUCCAUGUCCCACUUCAUUCGACGAGGGAUAUCAAAUCCCACUCGAGAGAUUCUCCCUGUGUCUACACUCACAUGCUCGUAAUCCACACCUUCGAUAUGUCUAUGAGGCACUUAGUCUCGCAAAUCCCAAGAUAUUUGAAUGGAUGGGGCCCGAUCCGAAGCACCAUUUUUCGAUAGCGAUUGUCCCAACAGCUGCCCAUCAUCUUUUCAAGGCAAUCGCAACGUGGUCAGCGAUUGAGCAUAUCGUUUUAACAAACCUAUCCUUUCCGCCUGAAUACUUAGGUAUUCCCGUUCCGACAUCUCCACCCAAACCCCUACUACCACCAUUGUCUUCCCUUCGAACGCUCUACCUUGGCCAAGCCACGUUCGUAAAUCCUAACACCAUUGCGGCUACGGUUUGCCUUCCAGAUCAGCACAAUCUGGAAUCUGUCCACCUCGUCGAUACAUACCGAGAGAGCAUUUGGGGUCCAAGAAUUCGACGUUCAGAUCUCGAGCAUGCUUCUCUUACGUUCCAGAUCGAAAUGCCACCUGAUGCUCGUAUAGCUCGGAUCCGGCAAAUAGUCAAAUGCGAGGCUCUUACAGAGAGAAUCAUGGGUGGAGACCGUGUUGAGGGCCUUUUGACCCUCGAUUGAAUUAAGCUUCGCCACGUUGUCACCCCCCCUUCUGAUACAUUGGUCCCGAUAGGCCUUCCUCGCUCCACCUUCUUUGACGGAUCUUGACUCUGCGGCAACAACGCGAACAUGCCCCAAUGGUGUCCCACUCGGCAAUAUGACAUAAUCACAUCUUGCAGCAUGUCUCAGCCAAAGAACGGGCGUGCUAUUGCCACUGGCGAGAAUCAUUUGCAUUUCCAUGCCUUGCAACUGACUGGACGCCACAGGCCUUCUUUUAUCCAUUUACGUCAUUUGCAGACCGAAUAUUCUAAAUAUGUAGACGCAACGAUGAAGCAUCGUUAUGCGUCAUGCGAUUGUCUAUGGCCGCCAGCAAACUGCCGACAUAAUAUAAUACAGUAGUCAGAAUAAACGAUAGACUGUAUAUGUACAAUAUGUUAUUUCGUAUAGAGGUAUCGCAAAUUACAAUCACCUCGGGAAAUGCUCUAGAGCAUGUUCCCUGGGCGUGACCUGGAUGG